CGUUUGAGCCGUCCUAUUUUUACCCAGGAACCACAAGAUGUUAUUUUUCCUUUGGAUUUGUCAAAGUCUGAAAUCAUCCUGAAUUGUGCUGCUAAUGGUUACCCUUCACCCCAUUAUAGGUGGAAGCAAAACGGCACCGAUAUUGAUUUUACCAUGAGCUAUCACUACAGGUUGGAUGGAGGCAGUUUGGCAAUCAGUAGCCCCCGCACAGAUCAAGAUAUUGGCACGUACCAGUGCCUGGCCACCAACCCUCUGGGAACAAUUGUGAGCCAGAAGGCGAAGCUCCAAUUUGCAUAUAUUGAAGACUUUGAAACCAAAACAAGAAGCACAGUGUCCGUCCGAGAAGGUCAAGGUGUGGUGCUUCUCUGUGGUCCACCGCCACACUUUGGAGGUUUAUCUUAUGCGUGGACUUUCAAUGAUAACCCCUUAAAUGUCCAAGAGGACAACAGGCGGUUUGUCUCACAAGAGACAGGAAACUUGUACAUUGCCAAAGUGGAGCCAUCAGAUGUUGGCAACUACACUUGCUACAUAACAAACAAAGAAGCCCAGCGAAGUGUUCAAGGACCACCCACUCCAUUAGUGCAGCGUACGGAUGGUGUGAUGGGGGAAUAUGAACCAAAGAUUGAAGUGCAUUUUCCUGAAACUAUUCAAGCUGCAAAGGAUUCAUCUAUAAAACUGGAAUGCUUUGCCCUUGGAAAUCCAGUCCCUGAUAUUAGUUGGAGGAGACUGGAUGGAAGCCCGUUGCCUGGGAAAGUCAAGUACAGCAAAUCCCAAGCUAUCCUUGAAAUCCCAAACUUUCAACAGGAAGAUGAAGGCGUCUAUGAGUGUAUUGCAAGUAACCUUCGAGGAAGAAAUCUUGCAAAAGGUCAACUCAUUUUCUAUGCCCCUCCAGAAUGGGAACAAAAAAUCCAAAAUACAUACCUGUCCAUCUAUGACAGCUUGUUUUGGGAAUGCAAAGCUAGUGGAAAGCCAAACCCUUGGUACACGUGGUUAAAGAAUGGUGAACGCCUCAAUCCAGAGGAAAGAAUUCAAAUAGAAAAUGGGACACUUAUCAUAACUAUGCUGAAUGUGUCAGAUUCUGGUAUCUACCAAUGUGCUGCAGAAAACAAAUAUCAGAUAAUUUAUGCAAAUGCAGAAUUGAGAGUAUUAGCCUCAGCUCCUGAUUUCUCCAAAAAUCCCAUUAAAAAAAAUUCAGUUGUUCAAGUUGGUGGGGAUAUUGUGAUCGAAUGCAAACCGAAUGCUUUCCCUAGGGCCGCCAUCUCCUGGAAAAGAGGAAUGGAGAGCCUGAGACAAAGCAAAAGAGUGUUUAUCCUGAAGGAUGGCGGCCUCAAGAUACAUAACGUUACCAGGUCGGAUGCCGGAUCAUACACUUGCAUAGCUACAAAUCAGUUUGGUGUUGCCAAGAACACUGGCAGCCUAGUUGUAAAAGAGAGGACUGUUAUUACCGUGCCACCUUCCAAAAUGGAUGUUACAGUUGGCGAGAGUAUAGUCCUACCCUGCCAGGUGUCCCAUGACCCCUCCAUUGAAGUUGUAUUUGUAUGGUCUUUCAAUGGAGAUGUCAUAGACUUAAAAAAAGGAGUGGCUCAUUUUGAGAGGAUUGGAGGAGAAUCUCUUGGGGAUUUGAUGAUAAGGAAUAUUCAGUUAAAUCAUUCAGGAAAAUAUCUAUGCACAGUAAAAACAACUCUCGAAAGUUUAUCUGCUGAAGCUGAUAUCAUUGUGAGGGGUCCCCCAGGUCCCCCAGAAGAUGUAAGAGUGGAACACAUUUCCAGUACUACUUCUCAACUAAGCUGGAGACCAGGCUCAGAUAAUAACAGUCCCAUUCAAAUAUUUAGUAUUCAGGCUCGGACACCAUUUUCUGUGGGCUGGCAGGCUGUUUCUACAGUUCCAGAAAUUCUCAAUGGUAAGACAUACAAUGCAACAGUGGUUGGUUUGAGUCCUUGGGUGGAAUAUGAGUUUCGUGUUGUUGCCGGGAAUAGCAUUGGGAUUGGAGAACCAAGUAAACCAUCAGAAGUGUUAAGAACCAAAGCAUCAGUCCCUGUCGUGGCACCAACAAACAUCAAAGGAGGUGGAGGAAGUCGGUCUGAACUCGUCAUUACGUGGGAGUCAAUUCCAGAAGAACUACAGAAUGGAGAGGAAUUUGGAUACAUCAUCAUGCUGCGGCCAGUUGGCUCAACAACAUGGACCAAGGAAAGAGUACCAUUUGUAGAAUCGUCAAGGUUUGUUUACAGAAAUGAAAGCAUCACCCCCCUCUCUCCCUUUGAAGUCAAAGUGGGUGUAUAUAAUAAGAAAGGAGAAGGAGCCCUGAGUACCACGUCCAUUGUGUACUCCGGGGAAGAUGAACCUCAACUGGCCCCAAGGGGAACUUCUGUUCAAAGUUUUUCUGCUUCGGAAAUGGAGGUUUCAUGGAAUGCUAUUGCCUGGAAUAGAAACACUGGAAGAGUUCUGGGCUAUGAGGUCUUAUACUGGACAGAUGACUCCAAAGAAUCCGUGAUUGGUAAAAUUAGGGUCAGUGGAAAUGUCACAACCAAAAACAUCACAGGGCUGAAAGCUAACACCGUCUACUUUGCUUCCGUUAGAGCUUACAACACUGCUGGGACAGGGCCCUCAAGUGCCCCAGUCAAUGGGACCACCAAGAAGUCUCCUCCAAGCCAACCACCAGCUAACAUUGCCUGGAAGCUGGCAAACUCUAAAUUAUGCCUAAACUGGGAGCAUGUAAAAACCAUGGAAAAUGAGUCUGAAGUAUUGGGCUACAAGAUUCUGUACCGGCAAAACAGACAGAGUAAAACUCAUAUUUUGGAAACAAACAACACAUCUGCUGAGCUUCUGGUUCCAUUUGAAGAGGACUACUUGAUUGAAAUAAGAACAGUUAGUGAUGGUGGGGAUGGAAGCAGCAGUGAGGAAAUUAGGAUUCCAAAAAUGUCAAGUUUGAGUUCCAGAGGAGUUUCAGUCUUAGAACCUAGCAUCCAUUUUCUGUCAAUUGUCAUCAUGAUUUUUUACUGUUUUGCUAUUCAGCCUCUUAUAUGA